GGUCCGCCUUUACACCACCGCCCGUGAAGGUGGAGUCGGUGCCCUUCCCUUCCGUUUUGGCACGGCUCGAGCAGCAGCCUCCUUGCUGCCUGGCGUGCGUGAUGUACACCGCGCUCCUACUCGCUCGCCCCGUCGACGUAUCCUCCGCAGCCUGGUUAGUUAGUUGUACGGGUUGCUCCUUCCGGCACCUACGCCCUAGUUACGGUUACACCAUGCUGCGAGCUUCAGCUCUGGUGGUGGUGGUGUAUAAAAGCAGUCGUGAAGCACAAGGCCGCCUAGCCGAGCCAAUUCAAGCAGCGAUCGACCGACCCGACCCACUCUCCGCCAAGGCCGAAGUGGAGGAAGAUGGCCGUCCCUGUCCGCCUUGCCUCCUGCUCCUCCCUUGCGCUCCUCCUCGUCCUGCUAACCCCGCUCCUCGCGUCCGCCUGCGACCGCUGCGUCCGCCGCUCCAGGGCCUCCUACUACACCUCCUCGCUCACCCUCGCCGGCGGCUCCUGUGGGUACGGCGCCGAGGCGGCGGCCAUGGGCGGCGGCUUCCUCGCCGCCGCGGGCCCCGCGCUGUACCGGGCCGGCGUCGGCUGCGGCGCCUGCUUCCAGGUCCGGUGCAAGGACAGCAAGCUCUGCGCCGCGGCGGGCGCCCGGGUGGUCGUCACGGACCGCGCCAGGACCAACCGCACCGACCUCGUGCUCAGCAGCCCGGCCUUCGCCGCCAUGGCGCGCCCCGGCAUGGCCGCGCGCCUCGCCGAGCUGCGCACCGUCGAUGUCGAGUACAAGAGGGUGCCGUGCGAGUACAAGCACCGGAACCUCUCGGUGAGGGUGGAGAAGAAGAGCCGCGCCCCCGCCGAGCUGACCGUCAGGUUCCUCUACCAGGGUGGCCAGACCGACAUCGUCGCCGUCGACGUCGCGCAGGUCGGUUCGUCCAACUGGAAGUUCAUGACGCGCAACUACGGCCCGGCGUGGAGCACGAGCCAGGCGCCGCCGGGGCCGCUGCAGCUCAGGGUGGUGGUGACCGGCGGGUACGACGGCAAGUGGGUCUGGGCCGACCGCGAGGUCCUCCCGCGGCGGUGGCGCGCCGGCGAGGUCUACGACACGGGCGUCCAGAUCGCCGACAUCGCCCAGGAGGGCUGCUACCCCUGCGACACGCACGAGUGGGAGUGACUCAAACGGUGACGGCGUGCUCGCCGAAGCCCAAGCUCCCAGCGUCCCCCCUGAAGACAAGAGCCUCCUCCUUGACACUGCCUGUUUGGCGGGGCGUUGAUCAGAGGACUAGAGAGAGACGAUUAACACAGGACUGACG